UUUAUUCCCUCGGCAGGAUGCACCAACUCGCGCGUUGGCUUCUUGCGCUGCUAGUAGCGAUAGCCGCGGACGUGACCGCCGAUGGCUGCGAGCAAUGUCGUCUCACGGGACAGUGCGCUCAAGCUGUGCUCAACGUAUCGGGUCACUACUGCGGAGAGUACUACCUUUCGCACGACGAAAACGCGACGUCGUGCUGUUGCCCGACCGGUCGUCUCUGCAACGCCACCAUGACCACUUGCGCCUGCGCCCUGCCCCCAACGACGAGGGAAACGACGGCCACAGCACCCCUGCUCUGCCUUGCUGCGUUCUUUUUCGUCUCCGUUAGCGGGCUCGUCUGGUGCAACAGCCGGCGCAGCACCGCCGUCCACGAUGCGUCAUCCUACGUCCUCUACAACGACCAGUCGUUCCCCGACUCGACGGAAUCGUCGGCGCGGGAGAGCGAGGUCGGCGAAUUCAUGGGCAGCCACAACGACGACGCGACCAAGCAACUCAAAGUCCAGUAGCAAACGACGAGUAUUCACGCCAGAAACAUGUUGUAUGGUUGGCUGUCGAGCGCCAGGUCCAUUUCCAC